AGGCCCCGCGGCGACGGCCGGACGGGACCAACAUGGAGCCCUGAGAGGAGGCGCGGCCGUGGGGAUGGCGAAGCUGCUGGUGCCGCUGGUGGUGCUGGGCGCCGUGUCCGGGGCGGGGGUCCCGGUGUCACCGCCGUCCCCUCGCUGUCCCCCGCGCUGCCUUUGCCCCGCGGCCGCUCCCAGCCCGACGCUGCUGUGCGCCCGCACGGGGCUGCUGGCGGUGCCGCCCAGCCUGGACCGCGGCGCCGUGGAGCUCCGCCUCGCCGAUAAUUUCAUCGGCGCCGUGGGUCGCUCCGAUUUCGCCAACAUGAGCAGCCUGGUGCACCUGACGCUGUCGCGGAACGGGCUGCGCCGCCUCGCCCCCGGCGCUUUCGCCGAUCUCCGCGCCCUGCGAGCUCUACACCUCGAUGGCAACCGUUUACCGGCGCUGAGCGGCCCGCAGCUCCGCGGGUUGGCUAGUUUGCGCCACCUCAUCCUAGCCAACAACCAGCUGGCUGCCAUCGACGCCGCCGCCUUUGCCGCCUUCGCUGCCACUGUGGAGGACCUGGACCUGUCGCACAACAACCUGCCGGCGCUGCCCUGGGACGCCGUGGCCGCCAUGGGCAGUUUGGCCACGCUGACGCUUGACCACAACCUGCUGGAGCGGGUUCCGGCCGGCGCCGUGGCGCGGUUGCCACGCCUGGCCAGGCUGGACCUCACCGCCAACCGGCUGCGGGCGCUUCCACCGGUGCCGGGGCCACCUGGGCCAGCACUAGCGGCCGGUGGCAACCCCCUUCACUGCAACUGCGAAUUGCUGUGGCUGCGUCGCGUGGCUCAGGCGGGCCGCCUGGAGACGUGUGCCACGCCAGCACCGCUGGCCGGGCGGCUUUUGGGCGCCGUGCCCGAGGAGGAGCUGACCUGCCGGGCCCCCGCUGUCACCGCGGCGGCCGCGCACCCGCCCUCAGUCACCGAGGGGCAGCCGCUGCGCUUGGGCUGCGCCGCCGUCGGGGACCCUCCGCCCGCUCUGCACUGGUUGGGCCCCGACGGCCGCGUGGUUCAGAACGGUUCCCGGCGCUCCGUGGGUUCUGACGGCUCCUUGGAGCUCCGCGUGGCCACGCUCAGGGACCACGGCGGCUUCACCUGCGUGGCCGCCAACGCC